AUUUACUUAGAUUAAAAAAAUUGUUUUUACCGUAUACUUUUGCAGAUGUGAGUAAUAGUGAAUCAACUUAGAUUCUUGCAUCAUGCCAAUUGAAUAAGAGUAACUUACAUGAGAAGAAUACGUGAAUAUAUUUAUAUAACGUGGUGGGGAUCUGCAGUCCAGCAGUCGCUUGCAGUCGCUCGUGGUGUCAACAUCGUAUAGUAGCGCGCUAAAUCGAGUGUUUAAAUUUUUGCUCGUACAUUUAAACUCUGGCAAAAUCUUUAAAGAAAAUCUUGCCAUGGAUUUCUGGUCAAUAUUGUUAUCGGUAAUAAUCGGAGUUUUCGGCAUCAAUUAUCUCUUUAAGCAUUUCAAUUUCUUUAAAAGACAUAAUGUUAUUCACAUACCGUCUGUACCGAUAUUCGGCAGUAUGACAUCUCUCGUAUUUCGUCAAAUAUCAUUUGUCGAUUUCACGAAAAAGAUGUACAACCUCAACCCGGAUGCAAAGUAUAUUGGAAUGUACGCCACGACGAAUCCAGUGUUUUUGCUUCGUGAUCCGGAACUUAUAAGAACUGUACUAAUCAAGCAUUUUGAAAUAUUUCCCAAUCGACGCGGUUUCAGCGAUUUUAACGAUCCUUUAUUUUCAAAGAAUUUGUUCUCUCUUCAAGGAGAAACAUGGCGUAAAGUGAGAAAUCUGCUAAGUCCUUCUUUUACGUCUAGUAAAAUGAAGAACAUGUUCACACUGAUGUCAGAAUGUGCAGUGGACUUUGCUAAACACAUGUCGAAAUUAUCAGUGAAUGAUACCGAUACAAAUAUAAAGGACGCUUUUACUAAAUACACGAACGACGUCAUCGCCACUUGUGCUUUCGGGAUCAAGAUCGAUUCCAUGAAAGAUCCGGAGAACAAGUUUUAUGUUUACGGCAAAGAGGUGACGAACUUCUCAGGACUUCGUUCUCUCAAGUUUCUCUUUCUCAGGACAUUUCCAAAGCUCGGGAAGUUCUUUCAUAUCAAGCUUAUAAGUAAGGACGCGUCAGAUUUUUUCAGAGACAGUAUACAAACCACAAUCGCUACCCGUGAUGCCGAGCACAUUACACGUCCGGAUAUGCUACAGUUAAUGAUGGAUGUAAGAAAUAAAGAUGGUGGACGAGCAUUAAACACAGAAGAAAUAGUUGCAGAGGCGUUUGUAUUCUUCUUUGCUGGCUUCGAGACUACUUCAACUACACUAUGCUUUGCAGCUCACUUGCUUGCGACUAAUCCGGAUGUUCAAUUUAAGUUACGGCAAGAAAUUGACAAGGUGCUUGAGGAGUCGAAUGGAGAAGUAACUUAUGAAGCGAUCAACCAUCUCGAAUAUUUAGAGGCGGUAAUAAACGAGACUCUUAGAAUGUACUGCCCAGUCACCGUUAUAGAAAGAAUGUGUGAGGCAGACUACGAAUUGCCACCCGCUUUGCCGAACGAGAAACCUUUUGUCAUGAAAAAGGGUAUGAUAUUUUGGAUUCCGAUCUUUCCAAUUCAUUAUGAUGAAAAGUACUAUGAUAAUCCAGAAGAGUUUCGUCCGGAAAGAUUUUUUAACAAAGCGUACCAUAACUCUCCAUAUUAUUUGCCGUUUGGAGCAGGUCCGCGUAUGUGCAUCGCUAACAGAUUUGCUUUGUUGGAGAUUAAAGUGUUGUUGUUUCACUUAUUAGCGCGUUGCGAACUGAAACCUUGCGCAAAGACCACAUUGCCAAUGAGAUUCAGUAAGAAAGGUGUCGUAGUAAUAGUUCCAGAAAAUGGAUUUUGGUUGAAUAUUCAACGUCGAAGCGAUAUGCAUCAUAUUUUUAAAACUACAGAGAAUAAUGACGUUAUUUCUUAAAUAGAUAUUGUAAACUAGUAAAUAAGAUACAAUUUGUAAAAUAUAAUAUUGAGAGGAAGAAGGAGAGUGAGAGAGAGAGAGAGAGAAGGUAUAAUAAUACUUUUCUAAGAUAGAUAAAAAUAAUUUUAUUGAGAAUUAUGUUUAGUAUUUGUUAGGUUUUAAACAUGUAAAAUAAUAGUUAAUUAAUAUUGUAGAUAAUGUGGGAAAAAGACAAAGUUUUAGUAUUUAAAUAUAUAUAAAAUAUAAAUGAGACUUUUUUAUUCUUUAUCAAAAUAAAUACAAGUGAUAUUUGUGAUUCAUAAAACAAACUAUCAACAAUCGCACUUAAACUUUUAUAGCGUAUUUUAGAUUGUUAGUAGCAUUGUAAUUUUGUUAUAUGAUUUUAAGAUCUGAACAAUUUAAUUGUGAUUCCAAUAAUACCAAGAUUGCUUUAGAAGUAAUUUGGAAAUAUAUAUAAAAAAGAUCGAGUCAAAAACAAUAUUCUGUUAUAUAUAAAGGAGGGACUAAUUUAAAACAU